AUGUAUUAUACUCCGAAAGGGUUGCUUUCCGGGAGGCCAGGCCAGACGAUGGUUCGGGAGAGCGAGAGCGCGACGGGCGGGGAAGGGAUAUACGCCGGAUCCCCUUUGGGAAACGCCUUGGACUGGGGUAUCGAUGUCUACACCGACCGGUCGCCGACAGUUGUGAACGACGACUUCGAACCGCUAGACUCGACUAUGGACGAGCUGUUUCUGUUCCCCACUUGCCGCGACAGUUAUUCAGGCACGCCAAUGGGAGAGUUGAUACGGCGGGUGUUCGAGCACGGGGCGCUUGGUGGGGAGCAUUUUUUAGAGGAGUUCCAGUACACCAUAAUUACUUCGAAAGGCUUGAACGUGAAUGGCAUGACAGCUCCGGUGUCCUCGGUUACGGGGAUAUCGGAGCUAAAUAAUCAGAAUGCGGGCCCUGGAAAGACCAUGGUUCACGCCCCGACAAAGUAUGGACGGUUGGUAGGCAGCCGGAAGGUGCUAUACCUCCGGAAGACGGUUUCCUUUCUCCCGGUAGCGCUUUUUUGUGUGCGAUGCUUUAGGCGCUUGCUUUUGGUACGCUCCAAGAGCCGGAAGAACAUAAUAGUUGCAUUAUUGGUCGCCAUAUAUCUUGCCCUACAGCAGGAGAACUUUCAUUCCAGGUACGUCAGACAUGCUACUAUGAUGAACUUGGGCAAAAUGUUGAACAGUUGGAGUGAUGUAGAGGCGCGGAUGCACAGGUAUCAUAUUCGGUUAAAGGAAUUGACGAUAUACAGACCCAUUACGCUCACCGGAGGCAAGCCACCCACUUACCCCACAAAUAAUCAUUCACUGUUGGCAGAUUUGUUAAACAUGGCCUCGGACAUGCUAUACUACAAGAUAAAACACAUUGUUACGGAAUUAUUAUCACUUGCCGACACAGAAAAUCUGGUUCAUUACUGUGGUAUAUAUGACGUGAACAUGGUGACCCUAUAUGGGUAUUUGCAUACAACAUCUGAUCUUGGUACAGCGGAUAAGAUUAACCGCUUGCAGUUACUCAAGAAAUUUAGUUUAUGCAUUCUUUUAUCAAUAACAAGGUUUGAUAGAAUUGUGACCACACGUUCGGCUGUGGUACUGAAACUCUUUCCAAACUACAAACACAGAUAUAUGAAAGAAACGGAGAAGCUUCUACUUCUUUCGAAAGCCCUAGGAGACGUAGCUGACUGUCUGAAUGAAGUAUCUAAAGUGCUAGAAAGCUAUAAGUCACAAUUAAAAUAUAUUGAAACAUCGAUAAAUGACCAGCAUAAUAAUGUAUUACCUCAACCAGUCAUGAUUGAAAGUGGAUUAGAGAGAGUAACAGUUACUUUGAACGAAUUAAAUGAAAUACAGAACAAGUUGUUCCACGCAGAGAGCGAUGAUGAGACUCUGCGUAAAUUUGUCCAGGAAAAGCUACACGAAUUAUGUCAUUUUUGGGAACACACGACAACGAAGAAGCCGACGUCACUACUGCCUCCUCAGGUAACAUCACCACAUCGGCAAUUUCACAACACGUCCAAUGGAUUUGUGUUAAACGUUGUUAAGGCGAUUGAGACAAAUCCUGCAAUGGCCCCCCAGCUCACAAGCUAUGAGCCUGUAACCCCGGCCGGCAGCGAGUCAUGCCUCGAACAGGACUUCCUAGAAUCCAAUUUUUCGACUGAAUCGGGGGAACAUAUAUACUCUACAGCAGAUGAAGAAACAGUAGCCCCUCAGUACCUGGUGGAUAGGUUUGAUAAACUUUCCCACGAAGAGCUGCGUCUGCGUUUGGAUGAGCAAUUCAAGCGCUUGACUGUAGAUACUAAGCCGCCGAAACAGCACUCGAAAAAGGAUCGCUUGGAAGUCUUGAAUAUGAACGUUAGGGAUGGCAGUAAUAACGGAUAUGAGAGCGGGCCUUUCUAUUCAAAGGAGGAAAGUAUUCCUGUACUAUAUGAACUCAACCAGCUACUGUCGAAUAGAAGGUAG